AUGGUGCUGCUGCAGACGAACAGGAGCCUUCUGUGUGGAGGAGUCAUCACCAGACCCGAUGUUGUUAUCACUUCUGCUAGCUGCGUUGAAGGCCUCAAAGCAGAGAACGUGCUCAUCAAGGGAGGAGAAUGGAAACUUGGAAUCGAUGAGGAGCCCCUCCCAUUCCAGAUUGUCCAGGUCAAGACCAUCCUUCGCCAUCCCCAGUACAAGGCUGGAAACUACGUCAAUGAUGCUGCCAUUCUUGUUCUGACUGAAAACCUGAGGCUAGCCAAGAACAUCUGGCCUAUAUGCCUUCCAUCAUCCAAAGAUACCCUGGAUGCCUUCUACAAUGGAGCUGGUGAAUGUAUCGUUACUGGAUGGGGCAAAUCCGUGUUGCAAGCUCAUCUCCUCGGCAGCAUUAUGCACAGCAUGAACGUGUCUCUCCUCAACCCUGGAGAAUGCGAGUCCAAGAUCACCCAGGACUACCCCCACCUUCUGGAACACUACGACCAGGAGAGCUGUGUCUGCGGACAGCCUACUAACCCAGCUAACAAUAUCUGCAAAGUUGACAUCGGCAGCGCCCUCGCCUGCACGACUGGCGACAACCACUACGUCCUCAGAGGAAUCUACUCCUGGGACUCUGGCUGCCAGACAGGCAACCAGCUCGCCUCAUUCUACAAGUUCGACCUCGAAUGGUACGAAUGGGCCAUCGGUCUCAUCGAGAGCGUCAGGUUCGAGAAGUACACCGUCGUCAAGGUCACCAAGAACAAGAUCAUCACACAAGGCACUGGUAUCAAGACUACUUAUGGCACUGGAGUUAAGGGAACCACUGGCUUUGGCAUCAAGGGCACCUCCGGAGUUGGCAUCAAGGGCUCAUCAGGCAUCGGUAUCAAGGGUUCAGUCUCCUCAGGAGCAACAGCCGUCUCUGGUAGUGGACUAGGCAUUAAGGGCUUCGAAAUCUCAGGCCAAUCAGGCUCUGGAUCAGGACUCGGCAUCAAGGGCUUCGGUAUCGCAGGACAAGGCCAAUCAGGAGAGUUCACUCAAUUCGGAUCAGCUAACUUCGGCACUGGCUCAGGAGAAUACUCAACCGAAGUCAAGGGACCCAUUCAGAAGACCUUCACCACAACUAUCACUGAAAAGAAGUUCUUCCAAACUGAACCUAAAUAUGUUACCUACACGACUAAGCCAGAAAUCAUCAGCUACACCACCAAACCAGAAAUCGUGACGUACACGACCAAACCCGAAAUUGUCACUUUCACGACCAAACCCGAAUACUUCACAUACACGACGAAGCCGAAAUACGUGACUUACACCACUAAACCUGAAAUCAUCAGCUAUACCACCAAGCCUGAAAUCGUAACUUACACGACAAAACCCGAAAUUGUCACUUUCACGACAAAACCGGAGAUUAUCACUUACACUACUAAACCCAAGAUUGUGACGUACACCACGAAACCUCAAAUCAUCCGAUUCGAUUACCAGACUUCUGGAAGUCAGACGAGCCAGCAAGUUGUAGCCCCAAGCGUAUCCUUUAACCCUUCAUUCUCAGAAGUGGUUGGAGCCGGCCACGUCCACGACGCCAAAUGUAAAUGUGUCGAAGGAAAAUGA